AUGGUUUCGAUCUUAAUGCUGCAGCUCGUGCAGUCGCCGCUACAUAAUCUUUUGCUCAUGAGAAGUAUCCGAUCAGUUGUGGCUUGUUUAUCGCUAGUCACUACAGCGAGGAAAAUGAACGCCGCAGCGGGGCUGUGCGUCCCCGGGACAUCCGCUGCUCCGCCCGGGCUGCUCCGCCUGACUUCAGUACCCGGUCAUGAUCAAAACCGCGUAAACGAUGUUCUGCUCUUACGACCCGCCACGGAAACGCAGAGAGGAUGCGACAACGAAACAGAGAACCGGCAGAAUGGAAACGAUCACGUAGUCUUCUUUCCUGGAGACAUUCAGAACUUCCAGCAGGAAAUGGCCCUCCAGCCUGACGCUGCCCCAUGGCAGUCCUGGAGCCUGGAGCGUGUCGCCCUCAACCUGGGCCACCGGUUUCCUGGCUGCCAUAUCUGGGUAGUCCGCGCAUCCCGCAUGUACCUACACAAGUUCAGCUGCUAUCAGAACUUUGUAGAGAGCAACCUAUUUGGAGCACCAGAACACUCUCCAGACUAUGGAGGCAUUCGCCACCUGAGGGCACUCCUGGGUCAUGGCAUGCAGCGGGCUGGCCUCCCAAAUCCUUUACCUCCUCUUAGUGGUACAGCCACCCCUGGCCCCCUUCCUGCAGGUUUCACCCUUACCAUAGUGGGCUUCAGUAAAGGAUGUGUUGUUCUCAAUCAAAUCGUGUAUGAGCUGGCUGGAGCUCGAGCGGAUCCAGAACUGAGGCUGUUUCUGGACAGUGUCUCAGACAUGUACUGGCUGGAUGGAGGACACCCUGGAGGCAGUGAGACGUGGGUGACCAAUAAAUGUGCUCUGGAUGAGCUGGCCUCCAGUGGGGUGGCUGUCCAUGCCCAUGUCACUCCGUAUGAGGUAAGGGACCCGAUGAGGGCAUGGGUUGGGCGAGAGCACCAGCGCUUUAUAAAGACUCUGGAGGAUCUGGGUGCCUGUCUGAGCCAGAAACUGCACUUCGAGGAGGAGCCGGCGUCCAUUGAGAAUCACUUCAGAGUCAUUCAGGAGUUCUGACUAUUCUUGAUCUAUGCUUUCAAGUCUUAACACGGAGUGUAUUCUUCGUAGAGCAGACAGCUUUGUAUUGCACUGAUGUAUUAGUUAAAAAAGAGCUUUGGGUUUGCCUACCCAACACUCAUAAAUAGGAGAGAAGAUUGAAGCUUGAUAGUUCACAGAAAUAGAGAAAUACUGUCAUCAUUUACUCGCCCUCAUGUCGUUCUAAGCCCGUAAGACUUUGGUUGAUUGUUAAAACCCAAAUUAAGAUAUUUUUAAGGAGAGCUGAGAGUUUUCUGUCCCUCCAUUGAAAGUCCAGGUGACCAAAACUUAGAUCCAAAAAGGUCAUAAAGGUGUCGUAAAAUGAAUCCAUAUGAAGCAAGCAGUUUGAACCUUGUGAAAAGAUACGACCACUUUAUAUGAUGAACAGCUUUCAUUUAGGCGUUUAUUCACAUAUACACACACAUACAUGGAGCACAUCACAUGGUAAACACGGAAGCUCAUGCACGCAUAACGUGCAUUCAUCAUGUGCUAGAACAAACCU